AUGAAGUCAUACAAGCUGAUCUACUUCGACGCUCGCGGCGUGGCGGAGACGUGCCGACUCCUCUUUGCCGCCGCAAAACAGCCUUACGAGGAUGUGCGACUGUCCCUGACUUUCGGGAAGCCUGGGGACUUCAGUACCGUCAGCCGACCCGAAUUUGAUGACAUGAAAGCGAAGGGUGAUCUGGACGUCUCGCUGGGGAAGGUUCCUCUCUUGGAGGUGGAUGGCAAGAAGAUUGGCCAGUCCAAAGCCAUCGAGCGCUAUCUUGCUGCUGAUUUCGGGAUGAUGGGAGGCUCCAGUGUGGAGGCUGCCCAGGUCGACAUGCUGGGGGAGACUAUCAGGGACAUCAAGGAAGCCUAUCAAAAGGCCAAGGGCGUCAAGGAAGAGGAAAAAGCAGCAGCGCUGGAGAAGUGGUUCAAAGAGGAUCUUCCAGACUGGGUGAAGAAAGCGGAGAAGUCCAUUCCUCCUGGCUCGGGGCCAUUUCUGGUCGGAGGCAAGAUUUCACUAGCCGAUCUCCAAUGGUACAUGUUUCUGGGCUGUGGAGCGAUGUGUGGGUUGGCUUGA